CAAAUGCAUUCACUUAUGAAUUCGAUCCUGAUCCUACCAAAUUAUUGCAACGCUGUGAGAAUGUAUCUGAGAAUGUCCUGGCCUUGGAGGAAGCUAUCGAUAUGACACAAAUGACUGUUCAACCGUUAGAAGAUGAUCAUUCUGUGCGUUUCUCUGGCAACAUGACGAUGCAGUGGAAAGGUGUUGAGCCCGGUGAUACAAUAUCGUUUCUCUUUCAAUUGAUGGAUUUCGAUGAAUACACUCAAUCUUGGAAGCCCUCUAUAUUUAAGGCUGACAGCAAAAACAUAUGCCCCGAGGUAUUCAGUAAAAACAAAUAUUGGUAUCAAUAUUUUACUAAACAUAUAACAAAUAAGGAUGAAGUUGAAGACAAAUGCAUUAGCGUUCACGGUCUUCUCAUUCAAUAUGAAACAUUUGAAAUACUUUUGAAAGGAAAUUUGGGCUUUGUGCCCAAUCUUACGGGUACCAAAAAGGUGAUAAUACUAUUUGAGGCCUUUGAUAAAAACCUGCAAAAACGACCAUAUUCCUUUUGCACUCAAGUUGUUGGCGAAGUUCGUCAACUCUAAAAUGUAUAUUCACGAGUAUCUAUAAGUAUGUCGUAAUGCAUAAUCAUGAUAAUAAAAUAAAAAUAUGCAUGUUUUGGUGUUGGGUAGAAAACUAGAAAAAAC